UGCGCGCGUGUGUGUUUGCGUGUGUGAGCGUGUGUGUUUCCCUUUUUCUCCCCAAAGCGAACAUGAAAUAGUUUGUCGGGCUACACUUUCCUUGUCCUCCAUCCAUCCCCCCUUCCUUGCCUCCUUCCUCCCUUUCCCGUCCUGCUCGCUGGGCUCGGCGGCACACUUUCGACUCCGUUCGGUGAUGUUGGACAUGGGCGAACGCAAAGAGCUCAAAAUGAUCCCCAAGUCGUCCUUCACCAUCCACAGCUUGGUGCCCGAGGCCGUGCAGAGCGACAACCACAACCACAGCCACCAUCACCACCAUCACCUCCACCACAACAGCAACCACCACCAUCAUCAUGUCCACGUCCAGAACCAGCACCAGAAUCGAGGAGACGACGCAGAGCUUAAGCCCGCUAUCGUCGUCGCCGCCGCCGCCGCCGCGCAGCAGGACAGCAAGGCGGAAGCUUUGAGCGAUCAACCGGGGUCCGAAAGCUCCGGCCAGGAAGCCCCCGAGGCGGCGACUGCGGCAGCUGCGGCGACGGCGGCGGAGAAGCCCGAAGACAAGAAGGAGGGAAAAGACGCAUCUUCGGCGGACGCUUGCAGCGGCAAGGAGGCCGAGAAAAAGGGCGGCAAGUUUGAGAAGCCUCCGUUUUCGUACAACGCGCUGAUCAUGAUGGCCAUUCGCCAGAGCCCCGAGAAGCGGCUGACGCUCAACGGCAUCUACGAGUUCAUCAUGAAGAACUUCCCAUACUACCGAGAGAACAAGCAGGGCUGGCAGAACUCCAUCCGCCACAACCUGAGCCUCAACAAGUGCUUCGUCAAGGUGCCCCGACAUUACGAUGACCCGGGCAAGGGCAACUAUUGGAUGCUGGACCCCAGCAGCGACGACGUCUUCAUCGGCGGCACCACCGGCAAGCUCCGCCGUCGAUCCACCACCUCCCGGGCCAAACUGGCCUUCAAGCGGGGCGCCCGCCUUACCUCCGGUCUCACCUUCAUGGAGCGUGCCGGCUCGCUCUACUGGCCGGUAUCCCCGUUCCUGUCGCUGCACCACUCCAGGGCCGGCGCAGCGGUGGGCUACAACGGGGCCUCGGCGGCGGCCGCGGCAGCAGCGGCGGCGGCGGCCUACCCGGGGCACCCCAUGUCGUACGGCGCCAUGUUGGGCCAGAACGUUCACGGCACGGGGCACCCAUUCUCGCCGCCGUCCAACGGCCUGAGCAUGGAGCGGCUCGUCGGUAGCGACCUGCCCUACGCCACGCACCACCUAACCGCGGCAGCGCUGGCGGCCUCGGCGGUGCCCUGCGGCCUGUCGGUGCCCUGCUCCGGCACCACGUACUCCCUCAACCCGUGUUCGGUCAACCUACUGGCCGGUCAGACGAGCUACUUUUUCCCGCACGUCCCGGUGAGCACGCCGGGCGGCGGCGGAGGAGGAGGAGGCGGAGGAGGAGGCGGAAGCGGCGGAGUCCCGGCAGUCCGCGCGCCGGCCUCCGGUUCACCACAGGCCGCCUCAUGUGACUCCCUCAGGCCGCCCAUGGGCGCCUCUUUGCCGGCCUUCUCGUCCGGACUCUCCGCCGGCCUCUCUGACUAUUUCACGCACCAGAACCAGGCAUCCGCGCCCAACCCGCUGAUCCACUAACAGAACUGGAGACAGUGAGCCUCGGCAACUAUUGGACUUUUUUUGUUGUUGUUGCCAAGACGCCAACAACAUGUCUGCUCGUCUUCUGGACCCCCAAAAUGUUCUGCUGCUUGUCUUUUGAAUGUCUUCUUUUUUCUUUUUCUUCUUGUGUCGCUUUAACCUCAAAAAUAAAAAAAAAAACAAGAGCGAGAAGGAAAAAAAUGUUGCAAUCUUUACGAAAUAAAGCUAGCUGACCUUGUUAA